AACACUGCUUCAUAACAUCUGUGUUUGCAGGCAGUCGAAUUAGACUCGGGUCUAAAACAUCUUAUGCUUGUGUCAAUCCGCGUUGAUGGGAUUGAAAUCGCUCGCAAUAACUGCAUGUCGCGCGUUUAGUCCUCACGCUGGAAUGUCUUUUAACAAGAAUCACUUUGUUUCAAGUAUUUCGUUGGAUGCUGAUUAGUAAGGAUGAGUAAAGGACGCCUAAAUAACAUCUCGCCCUCGAGCAGCACGCUCGGGGUGAAUUCUGAGAAUGAGCGUACGUCUGGCGCUGGGGACUCUCCAGCAGCGUCCCGGAAAAUCCCUCUGGGAUCGACUGUGCGCGGUUUCAUUUCGUCCACGUUCCAAAGGAAGUUGCCGCCGACUGCGCCGAGCAACACCAAACAAGUCCAGUCUAGUCGAGUAUCUGUGACUCCGCAGAGCGCGGAUCGGUCCAGGAAGAAGCCGGCAUCGCAGUCUGGUGCCGCUGCCGGCCAGAGAAACCACCAGGCAAGAAAUUUGGGACGGACCCAGGACCGCAAGCCGCGCACCGAGAAGAUUUCUUCGAAUCAUGUCGAACGGCAGCCUAGUAGUAAAAUUAAGGAAAGCGCGACAGAUAAGGCGGGACUGGAGAAACAGAAUCUAGAGAAGUCUGAGAAAGAGGCCAUUUUGCCGGUUGCGGAUAACACACCUGAAGAGAAUUUGACUGAAGUGACAGAACAGGUGCCACUACCAACUGCUAUCCCUGAAUCCAACACAAGUGAAGAAGCUCCAGAGAAAAAGAUGGAGAAAGAUGAAGAUGAGGGAAAAGCUGUGGCUACUUCACCUGACACCAGAUUUUUAAAGUUUAACGAAGAGAUUGGAAGUGGUAGUUUUAAGACCGUUUAUAGAGGACUGGACACGGUGUCGGGAGUGGCUGUUGCCUGGUGCGAACUGCAGGAGAAGAAACUAAAUAAGCUGGAGAGGAACAGAUUCAGGGAAGAAGCUGAAAUGCUCAAAGGAUUGCAGCACCCGAACAUUGUGAGAUUUUAUGACUACUGGGAAGUCACACAAACGAAAAAGAAGUAUAUCGUGCUGGUGACCGAGCUUAUGACCUCAGGCACACUGAAAGCAUAUCUACGUCUUUUCAAAAAAGUAAAUCCAAAAGUUGUCAAGUCCUGGUGUAGGCAAAUUUUGAAAGGACUUCUCUUCCUACACUCUCGCUCACCCUCCAUUAUUCACCGUGACUUGAAGUGUGAUAAUAUUUUCAUAUCUGGCAACACUGGCUCUGUGAAAAUCGGCGAUCUCGGACUUGCCACACUCAAGAACAGAUCGUUCGCAAAAUCAGUUAUAGGAACGCCGGAGUUCAUGGCUCCGGAAAUGUACGAAGAGCACUACGACGAAAGCGUUGACGUUUACGCUUUUGGCAUGUGCAUGCUGGAGAUGGCAACUACGGAAUAUCCUUAUGCGGAGUGCACAGGACCUGCUCAGAUCUACAAGAAAGUCACAACUGGCGUGAAACCUCUUUGUUUUGAAAAAGUUGAAAACCAGGAGAUCCGUGACAUAAUCAGCAAAUGCAUUCGCCUCAAGAAAGAAGAGAGACCCAGUAUAAGAGAACUAAUGAACUACGAAUUCUUCCAAGAAGACGUUGGCUUGAAGCUGGAACUUGUGUCGCAGAUCGAAGAGGUGAAAGCCCAAGGUAAAGCUUGUUUUCGACUUAGAGUCCUUGAUCCGAAGAAGAGGAGUCACAAACACAAAGAAAAUGAAGCUAUUCAAUUUGAGUACGACUUAAAGAAUGACAACGCAGACAUGGUCGCUGCUGACAUGGCCACCUCUGAAUUGAUUCUGGAGGAUGUUGUUCGUCUCGUUGCUAAGCUGAUCAAGGAUCAGCUUCAGAUUAUUCAAUGCCACAAGGAAAGAGAAGAGAAAGAUCAUGAAAAGCUGUUAGAGCCUCCUCAUGCUGAAGUCGGAACAGAUCAGGCAAACGACUCGGGCUAUGUGACCAUUCAUAGAGAUGACCAAGAGCUGAAAGAAGCAGCUGGAAUGUACUUCCAGCAACUGCAGCAACCUCCGCAACAACAACAACAACAGCAGAGUGUUCAGCACCAACCCCAAUUUUAUCAAAUGGCCCAAUUCGCUCCACAGGGCUACAUGGAGCAGGAUAUGCAGAUCAUGCAGCCGCAAAUGCCGCAAGAGAUGCAGCAGAUGCAGCCGCCCAUGCAAGAGCUUCAACAGAUGCAACCGCCAAUGCAGGAAAUGCAGCAAAUGCAACCACCGAUGCCAGAAAUGCAUAUGAUGCAGCCUCCAAUGCAGGAAAUGCAGCAAAUUUCACAGCCUCCGAUGCAGGAAAUGAUUGCGCAGCCUCAGCUGAUUCCAGAGAGAAUUCACCAGCCACCGCAGCAAGAAUUAAGUCACCAGCAACUUCAAGCCCAAAUCGCUGAAAUCCUGCACCCACCGACAGCGCAGAUGCAAGAAAAGACGCACCAGCAGCCUCCAAAGCAGGAAAUGAUGCACCAGCAACCAUCCAUCAUGCAAGAGCAAAUCAUGUCGCAAGUUGCUAUGCAGGAGAUGCCCCAACACCAACCUCAGUUUUCCUUUGUUAUGCAGCCACAACAGAAUUGCCCCUUGAUGCCUCCUCUCAUUCUGGAUGGAACGCUGAUCAGUGGACCUUCGUCGCCAUACAUCAUGGAGGGAGUCACUCCACUUGGCUACUGCGUUGAUGUGUCAAACUCUUUAGAGACUGAUAUCCCGCCUCAGUAUAUGCACAACCCCAAUGUUCCAAUGGGUCACAGCGAGCCAGAUCCAACCAUGUAUGUCCAACAGCGGCGUUCUGGAGAUUUCUCAAGCCUUGAUGCCAACGAUGAUCCGAUCACGUUCCAUGAGCCUGCGCCAGUUUUGCAGAAAAUGCCAUCUGAGAACAAAAUAGUUACUUCUCCUGGUUCUGAGAAACUGGAUAGUUUGGAUGGGGACGUGCAAGCUGAGAACGCUGCGAAACAGAGGAUCCGUCGGCGUAGGCGUAAUGAGAUUCGUGGCCCAAGGCUUGUUGUUUUGUCUUUCAAGAAGACUGAGGUUGAGUGCGAGUUGGAAUGCUCUAGACAAAAGAGGGUCACAUUCAAGUUUGAUAUUGAAGAUGCCAAUUUCAAGGAAAUCUCCCAGAAUCUGGUUGGUUCUAAACUUUUGGCUGAAGCACACAGCAAAGCACUGGUAGAUCUCCUAACAGAAGCUGUCUCGCUUUUGAAGGAAAAUCCUGAUGAGUUGCCAGUCCUUGGCAGUGGAAUGGACAAUGCCAGUCCAGUUGCUAUCAGGAAACCUAGGCAAAGAGAACGCGAUCACCAUCUGAAAUCAAGAGUUAUUCACGGUUCGCUUACCAGACAGGCAUCUUCAUUGGCAUCUUACUUCAACGGCCAACGCCGGCAUCGCUCAAGAGAUGAUAGCAUUCCUGGUCUUCGAAGGUGGGAUUCGAUGAUCAACAAUUCUGCAAGUGGGGACACUCCGCUCGGCAGUCCGGCCAAAAGUUCCGUAAACCUGCCUAAAAGUAACGGAGUUGGAAGUCAUGAUUACACGCCAAUUAGUGAUAACGAGGUGAAAUCUCAUAGUAUGGAGCGGCAAAUGUCGAUAGAUGAGAAGUCAAGUGACGACGUCAGAACUAGUGGCGCAACAACACAUCAAAACACUCCUGAAAACACACUUCAUAGUGACGCCUUGACGAAACUCACUCAGCAGGGUUCCUUUGAGCAAAACCAUGAGUCAUCCUGCCAAACCAUCGGAGAGUUGAACAAGAAGCUGCAGGAGGUGACGUCGCAGCCAUCGGAACUGUUGCUGCCUGGUAACACGCCUGUCUCCUCGCACCCUGCAACCCCUUUCAUUGCACAAAGCUACGAUUCGUACAUGCAAGCAUUGCAGCAGAAGCUCGCCUCCAUUUCGAUGACCGGCGCUCAAGCUUUAGGUCCCCUCUCACCCCAGAGCACAAUCCACGCAAACAUCAGCCCAGCUUUGCUCAUUCAUCAGCCUCCGAUCGCACCAGUUGAAUCUGCUGACCAGGCCAAGGCUCCUGUAGCUUCCGAACCACUGGCUAACCUCCCACUGCUGAUUCCUUAUGCUACAGAUUCUAGCAAGGCGCAGCCCUACGUCGUUCACCAUUUAACGACUGCCGAGCAGUGUGCUCAGGCAGCAUUGGAGCUGCAGAAUCUCGACCAGGAACUCUCUAAAAUACAUCAAGGAAGCAGACCCUCCGGCACAGACACCCAUCAACACUUAUUGUUGCCAUUUGUACAUCCGGAUAAUCCUAAUUUGGUGCCACAACUGUCUCUUUCCACCACGCCUGUGCAGCCUCAUAGUACAGAGCAACCAAGUGGUCAGACGGAACCGCAUGCCAUACAUUCCAGUGAUACGAUUCUCAAUGCACCUGCUCCUCCAGUGCGUAGAGUGUCUCGAUUUCAAGUGUCCGUAGUUAACGAAGGAGAUGUCAAGCCUGAAGAAAGUAAUCAAGUAAAAGAUGAGUCGGUACCUGUUCCAAUCUUACGAUCCACGAGUCAACCUCCUGCAAGCGAACCAUCACAACUGCAAGUGGCCGACCAAACGCAGCAAGCUCCUGUGGUCAGUCCAAUGUCGUUCUCCCAGCAGCAGCAGUUUAACAGCAGCAGCCACUCCUUGGCUGCCAGCUACACUGAAGACGUCCAGCCCAGCAGGCAAGGUCGCUUCAGUGUGGUAACGCAUCCGGGCGAUGCGGCCGAAGACGUUUUAUCAGAGGAUGGCGAGCAUUAUUACAAUUCAGAGGAGGAGGAGGAAGUUUUCAAGCGGACGCAACAGGUUCCCAGACAUGAAAAGAUUGGGCCUUACCAUCUGCCAAAGCUGGCAGCGCUGGGGGGCGGCAAGCACCCUUUGCGCGGGCACCACCACCCCCCUCUGCAGCACUUCUACUACCCGGAGCACCCCUAUCCCGAAAGCAGGUACUACCAAUCACAGCAGCAGCUGGUGCUGCCCCCGACGCCGCCCUCCAAGGCGGACACCUUCAAAAAGGCCGGCAGCGUGGCUGACUUCCGCAACUUCCCGUCGCGCAGCACCAGCCCCGUUGUGGCCGCGGUGGCGCCCCCCAACGCGCUGCCCCGCUGGUCCAGUCACACAGACCUGAGCGUACCACCGCGCACGCGACGCAAGCUGCCCCAACGCCCUGACCAAGCCCACCUUCAGCGCUCCUACAGCUUUGAUCCCCACGACCGCCCUGAGGCGCGCCGUGCGAAGGACGAGCCGCGCUUCCUGCUGCAGGCCAAGCUGAAGCACGCGCGCAGCCUGUCCAACCUGAGCAAAGUGAAGAAGGGGGUGCAGUCGAUGCCGAGCGCUGCUAGCAACUACCACACGGUCCACGCCGGCGGCGCCUCCUGGAUGUACCAGCCGGUGGGGGUUUCCUCGUCUGAUGACACGGACGUGUCCGACCUGGACGCUGACGAUGAACUGGAGACGCGGUUCGCGCGUCCCGCCAGUCGGCGAUACGCGGAGAGCAAAUUUCACCCCAGUAUUGCGCAAUACCACCCAGAGAAUGAUCCUGUAUAUCAAAGAGAUCUGAAGCUGCUUCUCGAGAGGCACCACCGCGAAUUGGAGGAGCUACAGAAACGCCAAAAGCUUGAGUUUGAAAUGUUUACGAUGGAACACAUGAAUCGCUAUUCAAGCCAGUACCACCGCAGACCGUCGACAGGAAGCGACCCUGCGCAGGCCUACCUGGCUGAGCGAGCACAAAGCCCGUUGGUGCACCCGUCGCAAGUCUACGGACACCUGCCUUACGAAUUGUCCGCGCAGGUCCGGCCCAUGGAAGAGCACCAGCACCACUUCGCGACGAACCAACUCUGUUUCCUAGCUCGCCCUCCAGCUUCUAUGGCUUUGCCCAAGCCCAGUCAAGCUGCUCCUCUGCUGGCUAUGCAGUAUCCUGACGGAAGUCACUCGCCUCCCAGGGGGUUCCUUUUAUAUCCAGCCUCCAUGAGUCAAGAUGGAGCCAUUAAACUGGCUGACGGUGGUUACAUGACUUACCCGCAGUUUCUGGCUCCGAAACUCGACAAAGCAUGAGGCAACCCACUCACUUUUGGAACCGAAAAACUUGGAACUUUUUUUGCUUGUUAAGAUGAUUGAUAUUGUGAUGUAACUCAUAAAAAUUGAAUAAAUUAAUGAAAGAUAAUUUCAGCAUCAUGAAA